AUGUCAGAUGUGCGUGAUGGCAGUGUACCAACCUGGGAUGGAGCGGCCCGGGGAUGGAGAAGAUAUGCCCGGGAGGUUGCCUGGUAUGUCCAAUCCACACCAGCGAAGAAAAGCGGCCACUGCGCGUCGCGUCUCAUGGGUCGACUCACCGGACCGGCGAGGCUGUUGGCCAUGAGCUGGCAGCAAGCAGCAUUCGAUGCUGAAGACGGGACGGUGAAGCUGCUUCGCAGACUGGCCUCGUCGCCUCUUGUCAGGCGUUCUCUGCCAAACGCGGCGGCUAUAUGUCAACAAUACUUUUCCUUUAGAAGGAGUGCUCAUGAGAGUAUCGGCAAUUUCCUCGUGAGGGAGACCCUGGUUCAUGAAGAGUUUGUGGAGGCCCUGAUACGGCUUCACGAGGAGAAGUUGGGAAUAUCUCAAGCCGAUCGUGACUUCGGCCUGCCACCAAUAGAAGAAUCCUGGAGUGACUACGAAUGGGGCGAUCAAGCCUGGGAAGAUGGCAGCUGGUGGUACUAUGAGGACGAGCUCAACAGUGAAGCUGACGGUGCUGGUGCUUCACCCGAACCCGAUUCUCCCGAAGAACCUCGUUCAGGAGAAGGCGAAGCAGCAGCUGAUCAUCCAGGAGCCGAUCCUGCCGAACGUGUCCGAGCGACCACCGGAUCUUCGCCGAGUCACCGGGAGGAGGUUCAAUCUCCUACAUCAAGGCCUCGACGUCGCGAAGCUCCUUCUGUUGCCGCUGAUGGCCCUGCGAAGGCCAUCGACGAGCUCACCAUUGCUGACAGCUUCAUCAUGGGCGUUCUUCGUGGAUGGCGAUUGCUGCAGGCGGCCGGGUUAACACCCGAAGAAAAACGAGACAUCCUCAGCACGUCUCGCAACAGCCUGGACUACGAGGUCAUUGCCCAGGCCUUGCAAGGACUGUGGGACGAACAGUUGUUGGGGAAUCGACAUGGUGGACCUGGCGGCCGCGACUACCAGUGCCACGCGAACUACCACGAGGAAAUGGAUACGUACUACUCGGAGGAACCGAACGACUGGUACCCGGAGGAGACUGGUUGGUGGGAUCACCAGGGCUAUGCCGCGGAGUGGGACGACGAGCCGUGGUGGACCACCCCCUACGAUGAUGCGUUCCCGACGACCAUGGAGGAGCCCAAUGAGAUUGAUGAUGAGAAGGUGAAGGAGGCCCAACAGGCCGAGAGAGUAGCCGAACAACUGGCCAUGGAAGCGAGACGCACAUGGUCAGAAGCUCAGAAGGCCACUCAAGCCCUGAAGCGAGAUCGAGGUUUCGGAGCCAUCAGUUCGAAUUCUGGUGGUGGCCGCUGCUUCAACUGCGGCGGGCCGCACUUUGCGCGAGAUUGUCCCAAGGGGAAGGGCAAGUCAAAAGGCAAAAAGGGCUUCAACGGCCACUACCUCGACGACAUGGACGGCUACUUCAUCGGCAAGGGCAAAGGCAAGGGAAAGUCCAAGGGCAAGUAUGGUCAGUGGCUGGAGGGCCAGGCUUCUUGGAUGAAAGGCAAGAACAAGGGCAAGGAACCCAGUCGGACUGUGAAUGCCUACAGUUCAGAUCUUUUCCUGGCAGGGCUUGAAGUGGCGCCCACCAUGGAUCUUUCUUCGAUGAGCGCAUCGCGCGCUGAUCCUCAAAUGGGGAUGCUGGAUAGUGGCGCAACUGCCUCGGCCGCGCCCGAGGCGGUCGUCAAAGGACUUGUGGAAGCAGUCCUCAGCCGCGACCGUGGAGCCCGCAUUGACCUGGAGCAAUACUCGAGACCUUACUUUCGUUUUGGCAAUGGUAAGUGGGGAAGAGCACUUGGUAGAACGACGAUCACAAGUAAUGUUUCAGGACAUCAACGACAGUUCUCCUUGUACACUCUACCGAACCCCACCGAGUACUACGCCAGUCAUUUCGACAAGUCGUCUCUUGUGCCUGUGUUAGUUGGCAUGGACUUCUUGGGACCCGAAGGCAUGGGGAUGGCAAUCGACUUUUCUACAGGACUCGCCCUAAACUCCAAGGAACAACAUCCAGAAGUUUAUCGACUGAGAACGAAUGUUAAGGGUCACUAUGUCCUGGACAUCGUUGAGUUCUUAACUCAAGGCAAGGUCAAUCUGGAAGGUCCAGACUACUGCGUUUGCAUCAGCGAUCACAAUCUCUGCGUGCUCAACUCCUUGAUGCUGCAGCCUCGACUUCUCAAAUGUGUGAUCAAGAACAGCACGAAGCCCAAGGCGAAGGCGGCUCCGUUGGACCCGGCUCGCCGAGUGACUAUGGAUGUCAGAGACCCUCGAGCUCAGGAGAGUCAGUGGCCGUGCUAUCAACAGCACACGGCUUCCCGAGUGCAGGCAAACGCUCACGGGGCGUGGGUGCACUGCGCGGUGUGCUUGGAGUACGUGCCCAGGAAAGGCAGCCCGGCAUCCACGACAAAAACCGAGAACCCCGCCAUGGUGAAGCGGAUGCUAGAGCAGCUUCAAGGGAUUAUGGGCAUGGUCAAACCAACACAGGCGAUCUGCCUGGCAAUGCAGAAGAAGAUCGACGCGGAGGAGCAGCUGAACCACAUGGUGACCGAACAGAUGGCGAAUCCUCAGGCUCCCAAGACGACAAAGGCGGGAGAGAACAUGGAUCUGCCAACGGCCUAUGCCAGACUACAUUUGGAAGGACAAGACGGGCUGUGGGAGAUAUCCGGGUCACCCCACAAUUGGCUGAGCGAGGCGGCUCAACGACAUCAACUCCGACCCCGCAGCAUCAACCUCAGCACCGGCUACGACCUCUACAAGGAGUCCACCUGGAAGCACUUGCGUGAACUACAACGACUUCAUCAUCCACGGCGACUCUGGUUUUCGUUGCCCUUCUCGAAGUGGUGUCCAUGGAACGAGAUGAACUACAACACCCCCGAGCAACGUGAGCAGCUGAAGACGUAUCGAAGAAGGGAGCAGAGAAUGCUAUGGAAUGCCAACCAGUUCAUUAAGGACGCCAUGAACUACGAUCCGGAUGUGCAAGUCUACUGGGAGUGGCCCCACAUGUGCCGUGGAUGGUCGCAACAAGCUCUUGGAGAUCUUGGCGGCUACUUUCAAGAAAAGGGUGUCCCGUGGCAAUCUUGCCGCGUCGACGGCUGCUGCUACGGUCUACUCAAUGAAGAUGGAACCGCCUUUGUCCAGAAACCGUGGCAGAUUCGGACAACCGAUGAGAACUUUCAUCGACGGUUUCGUGCCAAACUAUGUGCUGGCAAUCAUCGGCAUUGUACCAAGGAAGGCCACGAUCGGGGCCAUCAGGCCUAUUAUCCGUGGAAGAUGGUGCAGGCCAUUGCACGACAUUGGCAUGAUCAAGUUGUGCCUCAACGACAUCUCCAUCUACUUGCACUUCGACAGGACCUACCGGGCCUAGUGGAUGCUGGUGACGAUGGCGAGCCUACAAUGGAAGAGGUUGAGGUUUUGGAUUCCAAUGGCGAUUCCCUCAACUUCUCGGAUGUCAACGAUGUGAUGCUCAAUGAGGCCGGACGUAUUACCUUGGAGACGAUGGCCCGAGAGGCUCGACUACGCCAGGUUUUCACCUUCCAGAACCUCCAGAUGAUCUUGAAUGAAUUCUUCAGCGUGGCUGCGCCUUCAGCUAAUGACAAUCAAAGGUGGCGCCAGGCUCCCUCCUUCAACGUUGCCCUUGGGGCAUAUUCUCACGGGGCAUUUGGCGGUAUCUGCAAGUACACCAACAAGCAUUUGGAGCUAGUGUGUUACAUCAAUGCCUUCAUCCGCCACCACCAACCGCUACACCAGUGGUCCAGUCUUAUGGUGAGCAAGAACAGCCGAACUCUACCACAUCGUGAUCAUCAUAAUCUAGAUGGCAGCUGGAACAUGUUGAUUGGGGUUGGCGACUACCGAGGUGGAGGACUUUGGGUCGGUGACGAAUCCCCAGAUGGUGGCAUUGCCCGACGGGUACGACUACCCAGUGGGAAGUAUCAGCCAGGCCAUGUACGUGACACACGCGAGAAGUUCGUUUACUUCAGACCCCAAAUUGAGCAUGCCCCCGAGAGAUGGACGGGAACCCGAAUCACCAUCUCGGCCUACACCACCAGGAUGCUCCCUCAUCUAUCUUCCCAGGACCAGCAGGCUCUCAAGGACUUUGGGUUUUGCUUUGAGAAAACCUUGCAAUCCUUCACGACUACGACCUCCAGUCCUGACGAGGCCCAGGCUACAGCUACUACCACAGAGCCUACCUCCGAGACGGAUUUACCAGAUGGCGUCUCGCAGAAAGAAAUGGAAGCCUGGAAGGCCAAGGUUGCAAAGUUUCACAAGGCGGCCGGACACCCCACAAACCGCAAUCUGGCUAAGAUCAUUGGAGAUGCUGGCCAUCCACAGUGGAAGAUCGAUGUAGCGUCCCACCAUGAAUGCCCCGCAUGUCAGGCUCUACGACCUGGAGGCCCCAGCACUGGACAGGUCCCUCCAGCAUCGACUCACGCAUCGUUCCGAGCUUGGGAGUGCGUUGGUGUUGACACUGGUGAAUGGAUUCCUCCUGGGAAGAAAAAGAAGGUGAAGUUCAUUCUCUUCAUGGACAUGGCAACAAGGCUGCGGGUGGUGCAACCUCUUUUCAUCUCGGAUUUCCUGGAGACUAAGAUGGAGUCAGGAGAUGACUUCAUCAGAGUCUUCUCCGAACGCUGGCUGGGCUCCUACCCAAAACCCAAGGUUGUUGUCAUGGACUCGGCAAAGAGUUUUUCGUCAACCAAGGUCAGUGAGUUCUUGGCGGACAUUGGGGUGCAGUCGCACCUAGUGGCUGAGAAAGAGCCAUGGGCCAAUGGCAUGGUGGAGGCGUGCGUCCAAGAUGUGAAACAUGUGGCUUCCGCCAUACAUCUGGAAGCUCAGGAUGUGAACUUGGACGUGAUUCUACAUCUUGCUGCCUCUUCAUUGAAUUCCACAGAGUACGUCGCAGGCUAUUCCUCACAUCAAUGGGCUUUUGGAGCAGCCUAUGUCCCCACCGACGAGGACGUGCGAACCUACCACCUCGUGGAGCCCAAGGUGGACUACAUGCGUCUGGUGACCGCCCGACAAAAGGCCGAGGAGAUAGCGAUUGCCACCAGAGCACAACGCGCUCUGAGCAAAUUGGCCAACACAACUGUGCGACAACCUCUACGAGAGUUCUCACCGAUGGACCUGGUCAAAGUCUGGCGAAGAGUGUGGCCGCGAGAACAACAUACUGGGCCCCGAGGAGGAUUCAAGAAGAGUGGGAAGCCACACUGGAUUGGUCCUGGACGAGUCAUCUUUUCUGAAGUACUUCCUCACCAAUCUGAAGGAGAUCAUCGGCGACAUAUCGUGUGGGUCUUGAUUGGUCGUCAAUUACUACGGUGCUCAGUCCAUUCCGUUAGACCCGUCAAUGAAGUGGAACGUUUUCAGUAUGAGACCACGACUACUGAGGACGCUACGACGUGGAGAUCCCUAGCGGAUCUACUUCCUCGACGGGAAUACGAGGACAUGGUGGACCAGGAGCCCAAUGACGAGGAACUGGAACUACCUCAACUACCUGCUCAGCCAGAUCCCUCCACAAUGGUGGCUCCACCACGACGACUACGUACCAAGACCUCCAACGUUCGGUUUGAACCCUAUGGAGCGCCGAUACCCGGAAGUGAUGAAGAACCACUCCAAGAACCACAAGCGGACAGUGAUGUCAAUGACUAUCAGAUCCCAGCCACGUCCUCUACUACAACAGUACCUCAGGAAUCUGAGUCACAAGUUAGGCCACCCGAUGCAAAAAGGCCAAAGACCCAUGAGGUGAAUUGGGUACAAGAAAUGGAGGCACAGGCCAUGCAGGAGGAAAACGAGUUCGAUGUCUUCCAAGCCAUGGAGGAAACCAAUGAGUUCCUGCGCAUUGAGUUUGAUGUGGAAGCUCCUGCUUCCAACCGCCAACGGAAACUUUUGGAUAGGAACCCCACUGCUUACAUGGUCAAGAAGAUGCGCGACUCUGAGGUAAAACUUUCUCGACUACAACCGCACGAAGAGAAGCUCUUCACGCGCGCCAAGGCCAAAGAGGUGGACAGUUUCAUUCGCAAUGAGGCUGUCCGGAAGUGUUUGGACGACAAGAAGAUCGCUGAAGCAUACGAGUCUGGACGGAUCGUCAAGGCAAGAUGGGUGUUGACGUGGAAGCCGAUACCACCUGAAGACCGCGAAGAAGCACUUCGCGACGCCCAGACCAAUGCCGAGACGCUUCACGACAAACGGGGACUUCGUAAGGCGAAGGCCCGCAUAGUCCUGUUAGGGUUUCAACACCCGAACCUCUUGGACCCUUCCUUCAAGACAUCAUCGCCGGUCCAGUCUACACUGGGAAGAAACUUGCUCUACUUGAUGUCUGUGACUCAUCAGUGGGAACUGGAAGGUUUGGAUUUGGCGACGGCCUUCCUCCAAACCAUGCCUACGGAGGCCGACAGCGAGCUCUUCACCACCGGCGUGGAGGAGCUUAGAGAAGCUCUCGGGGUGGACGAAGAAGGGAUCAUGAAGAUCCUGAGAAACAUCUACGGGAGCACCACCGCUCCUCGUGGUCUGUGGCUGUCACUGCAUCGCAAACUCACGGAGCUUGGCGGCAUUGCAGUGUUGGGCGAGCGAUGCCUAUGGAUAUGGUUGUCCAAACACGAAAUGGAUCGUGGGCGGCCCCGAGUUAUCGGAGCUAUGGGAGGUCACGUUGACGACUUCCAUCGUCUAGGUGACAAACAGAGUGACGAAUGGUUGGCUGUACGCGAACAAGUGGACAAGGCCUACAAAUGGGGAACGGCCAAAACUGGCCGCUAUCGUCAUGCCGGCACCGACAUCACUACGACCAAGGACGAGCGAGGUCUGCUACAAAUCACCGUCGACCAGAGCUACUACAUCGACGGCAUCCAGGACCUCGAGAUCGACGCCGACCGUCUUCAACAAGAAGGCCCCCUACUACCACGUGAAAUUGGCGCCUGCCGUACGGCACUUGGUGCUCUACAAUGGAUAGCUGUGCAGAGUCAACCUCAACUCUGCAGCAGGUGUAACCUCCUACUGACGGAGGUGGUUUCCAGUGGCACCCUACAAUCGGCACGAGAAAUACAAGCCAUGAUUUCGGAAAUCAGGCGCGAGUCCUACAAGCUGGAGUUCUUCAAGCUGGACGGGGUGAAACACUGGUCCGACCUGGUCUUCAUUUCCAUGGGAGACCAGGCACACAACAACCGGGGCAAGGGGGACUCCACCGGCGGUCUACUGACACUCGUGGCAGGCCCCGAGUCUAUCGAUGGUCAAGUCUGUCCGAUGAUGCUCUUGGCAUGGCGAACAUGGAAACUUCGCCGAAAGGCCCUAGGCUCUAACGACGCGGAAGUCCAGUCCGUUUACGAAGCAGAGGAUCAGAAUUUUCGAGUGCGUCUACUUUGGACAGAAAUGCAUGGAGCUCGUGAACCACGACAGCUACGUGAGGACUUGGUGCAGGCAUCCGAGAAACAAUGCCUGCAGGUCAAGGGCAUCUUGUGCACCGACUCCCGUGGUGGCUAUGACGCCCUUGAGAAGAACGAGUCACCGCUGUUGGGUUUGAGCAACAUGCGUGCUGCCCUACAGGCCUUUUCCCUACGAGACAACCUCGCGAGAGUGGCUUGCGAGUUGAGAUGGUUGGCUUCUGACUACAACCUUUCCGAUUCCAUGACAAAGAAGAAGCUUGAGAGCCGUCUUGGCUUGCUGAAAUUUCUUCAAACAAAGCAUUGGGCCAUCAAAUAUGACCCGAGCUUCUCCUCCGCAAAGCGGAGCAAACAGCAAGGGCACACCGCUCUUCGACAUGUUGAUCGACACCUACGCUCAAGAACUGGGCAUUGUUGA